AGUAAUAUGGUAGUGUUUCGUAUCAAGUUAUGUGCAAUAACAAUAAGGCAUAUAUCUGCAAAAUGACAAACAUUCUGAUUGAACAUUCAGCCUUUAGUGUUCUAAUCUGGUGUAAUGUGGUAACAUAAAUUUCCUAACCUUCAAAACUUUAUCAAUUUUAAUGAAUCGCAGUUUGACUGUUGAGUGGAUAGGACGUCUUUUGUCCUCGCACAAAUUUUUGUGUUGCGUCAAUACAAGUUUUUAAGGAUAAAGAGAAAGUUAAACUGGAAGAAUAGAGACAAAUUUAUAAAGGGAGCAAGGAAAAAAGGAAAAAAGCAAGAAGAAGGGGAGAUAGAGGAUCUAUGUUACAUAAUUCAUUAGAGGUUGAAGACACGUAGUCAGGGAUAUACCUGCCACUCUCCUAGAGAGAACUUAAAAAAAAAAAUCAAUUUUAAUACCUACUAUUUUCUCAGAGAUGGUCUUUUUUUUAAUCUUUAUUUCUGUACAUUCAAAUCUUUAUUUUGAAAAGAUAUCCAUUGAGUAUAUCUUUAUUAAAAUAUGAAAGGAAAAGUGGAAAAAAGGAGAAUUACAUGUUUGCCAUUAUUAUUGGCUUAUUAUUAUUGCUUCUAAUACAGUCUUACAAGACGACAUUCUCUUUUAAUUGAUUGUAAUAUACUAAAAUUAUUAAUAUAUAAAAUCUUAACUAAAUAUUCUUUAAUAAAGUCAUUAAAAGAAAUGCUUAUAUAUAUGUAUAUUAACGUAUGAUUAUUUACUAUAGCAUUUGUAUUGAUUAUAAAUAGACAUUAACAAUACAUAAUAAGUAAGUGUACACUGUCAAGUUGUGCAAUAUAACAUUAUCUUAAUUUAUACACAAGAUAUCUGAUAAGUUAUCAGUGCGAUAGAACGAAUAAAAAAUCCAUCGAAUAUAAGGAGUUCUUCUUUGAAGCUCUUUAAUAAUAACAAGAUGUGAUAUUGUGCCAAAACUCGAAACGAAAACUUAUGAAUUAAAAGAAAAAGAAUAAUAUUCUGUAGUCAACUAUGUGCAUCUUAUUUAUUUAUCGUAAUCCAGAUGCUGAUGUUAGAUCUUAUCGAUUGAUAAUUGCAUCAAAUCGAGAUGAAACAUACAAACGUCCUGCAUCAUCAGCUCAUUACUGGGACAAAUAUCCUGAAUGUUUGGGAGGUAUUGAUAUGGAACCUGGUAAGGAAGGUGGAACUUGGUUAGGUAUAUCGGUAAAAGGAAAGGCUGGCAUUAUAUUAAAUUUAAUUAAUGAAGAUGCAACAGAUUCACCAAAAAAGGGUCGUGGUUUUUUAAUAACUAAUUUUAUUACUUCCAAUGAUUCUAUAGACUCAUAUUUGAAUAAAUUACAUGAAGAAAAUAUCAAUGGACAAUCAUAUAAUCCUUAUUGUUUGGUUCUAUUAAAUUUAAUUAAUGCAAAUGUGCAUUAUUUAAGUAAUUGUACCAAAUCCACUGGACCUAUAAUAUGUAAUAACGAUAUUAUAGGUAUUGGAAAUAGUGGCUUAAAUCAUCCUUAUAAAAAAGUUGAAAUAGGAAAGGAAGAAUUCAAAAAUAUUAUACAGGAUAUAGAUAUAUCAAAACAAGAUGAUCUCAUUGAAAAACUUAUUUGUUUUCUGAAGUCAAAAAAAAAAUAUUUACCAGAUGCUGAAUUACAAAAAAGACGUCCUGCAAUAUAUAAAGAGCUUAGUUCAAUUUUUGUGUCUGGAAAGGAAUAUGGGACAAGGACACAUUCUUUAUUAUUAAUUGAUGGUUCAAACCACAUAACAUUUGUUGAAGAAACUCUCAUGCCUGAUUUUACAUGGAAACGACAACAAUUUCAAGAUGAAAUACUAUGCGAUAACAUGCAUUGAUAUGUAAUUUAACUAACUUUAACAAAAUUAUUUAAUCUCUUAACGGAUUCAAAUACUAUUUUAGUAAAUUAAUGAAAAAAAUUAAAAAAAUUAAGAUUAAAAAAAUUAAGAAAAUUAAAAAAGAAAAAGAACGAAACAGUGCACAAAGUUGCAAUACUGUCGGAUACGUGCUAAAGCAAAUGAAAAUGAAAAUUUCACUGGAGAAGACGAAUUUAAUAAUAGCGGAACGAAAAGAAGUCAGAAAGGAAAACAAUUUGAUAAAAGAGGAUAAAAUGUUAUAAUAUUUAACUGUGAUAAAGGAGAAGGCCUUAAAGAAAGUACACUCUAUUAUGUUAUCGAGAAAUAUAAUUUUCGUUUGGUUAUCGCCGAGAAAAAAAAAUUUUAUUAUUAAAAAAAUUUCAUUAUUAGCGUACCAUCUGUAGCCAUCGAAGCAUUAUCGACAUAUGUUAUAAGGACUACCAAUAAAUAUUUUUAAAAAAAA